UCUCUGCACCGCCUCCCGGAGCUUGCUCUGCAAACCGUGGCUGCUUGUGCUGGACGCGCGUGCAAAAGGAGGGCGGUGGAGCCCUGCCAUGCAGCUCCCCAAGGACUCCACUGGGCAUGGCCCGCUGGCCUCAGUGACUAUUAUCCUCCCAGUGCACAAUGCUGAACUGUGGCUGGAUGAGUGCUUGGCGUCUGUGUUACAGCAAGACUUUGAAGGCACCAUGGAGCUCUCUGUUUUUAAUGAUGCCAGCAAGGACAAUUCUAGGACCAUCAUAGAGAAAUGGAAGGUGAAACUGGAAGAUUCUGGCAUCUCUGUAGUCGUUGGAGGCCAUGACUCUCCUUCUCCCAGAGGAGUUGGAUAUUCUAAAAACCAAGCAAUCGCACAGAGCACCGGGUCUUACCUUUGCUUUUUGGAUUCAGACGAUGUCAUGAUGCCCCAGAGAGUGAGGCUGCAGUAUGAAGCUGCCGUGCAGCACCCAACGAGUAUCAUAGGAUGCCAAGUGAGGAGAGACCCCCCAGACUCUACAGAGCGAUACACACGUUGGAUCAACCAGUUGACAUCGGGUCAGCUGUUGACACAGGUGUUCACCUCCCAUGGCCCCACAGUGAUCAUGCCCACGUGGUUCUGCUCUCGGGCCUGGUUUUCCCAUGUGGGCCUGUUUGAUGAAGGAGGACAGGGGGUACCAGAGGACUUGCUGUUCUUCUAUGAGCACCUUAGGAAAGGGGGCGGCGUCUUCCGUGUGGACCACAACCUGCUCCUCUACCGCUAUCACCCGUAUGCAGCCACACACUCGGUCCUUGAGGUGACCAUCUGGACCCACCGUGUCCACUUCCUAGAGGAACAAGUCCUGCCCCGUUGGAAGUGCUUCACCAUUUGGAAUGCAGGCAAGCAGGGGCGUAGGUUAUACCGCAGCCUGACAGCAGCCAGCCGGUGCAAGGUGGUGGCCUUCUGUGAUGUUGAUGAGAACAAGAUCGGAAAGGGCUUUUACUGCCAUGAGGAGUCUCAGGAGAGACCCAAGCCGAAGGUCCCCAUCCUGCAUUUCCAAGCUGCCCGGUCCCCCUUUGUCAUCUGUGUGAAGCUGGACCUCACAGGGGGUGCAUUUGAAGACAACCUGAAGUCACUGAACUUGCAGGAAGGCCGGGACUUCGUUCAUUUCAGCUGAGUUUGCCACCAGGUGUCUGCACUGCACCCACUGCAGGUUUUUCUAUGUCAUCCUGGAACUCACUAUGCAGACCAGACUAGCGUCAAACUCAGAGACCCGCCUGCCUCUGCUGGGAUGAAAGGUGUGCACACCAUUCCUGGAUGUUUCUUCUU